AUGAUCACCUUCGUAUUCGCGACGCUGGCGCCACCACCUCUCCUCGCCGAUUGCCACACCGACCGCUCCAUCGGAGUCACCUCCUGCGUGCGGCGACUCGGCUCGGCUCGGCUGGUCUGCGUCGUUGCGGCGCCUGACCGUGACACAUGCUCGCGUAGCAGCUGCGCGUCCUUCUGCGCUUGGAGAGACGGCGGCAUCUGGCUGACGCGUGGUGGCGCCGCCGUCGCCGAGCCGCCCUGUGGGCAGCGCUGCCCCGGCGCCACAGCCGCCGCGGACGCAGCAGCGGCGCUGCCAGCUGCAAUUGGCAAAGCCACGGCGGAGAGGCGCUCGCUCGCCUGGUACAGAAAAGAGCCGAAGUGGGCCGGCGGCGUUGUCCGCUGGUUCUACCCGACGGCCGCCCAGAUGGAGAGUCUUGGCAUCCGAAUCGAUGUCGAUGGCAAUCCUACCGGCCAAUGGGCUGCGGAGGAGGCCGGGGUUGGCCACUUCCGCGCCGUGGUGGAGUCUGCGAUGGCGAGCAUCAUGGAGCGGACCUGCGUCUGCUUUCUCGAGGUGGACCCGGACGAGACAAACACGAGCUCGCCAAGCAACCGUGGGCGCCCACCCGACGACUGGUACGACAAGUCGAGAGGAAUCCUGCGGUCCUCGGCCAUUGACCUCACAUGGGGCUGCGGCGGCGGGGGCCCACCGGCGCUGUUCAAGAAGGCCGUCGUUAUCCACGAGCUGAUGCAUAGCCUCGGAACGAUGCACGAGCACCAGCGCCCCAACCGCGACGACUACAUAGACGUCCAGAACAUACCGACAGAGUAUGCUGGCCAGUUCACAAAGUUCGAUGAGCAGGACUAUGAAAACGCCGUGGGCGAGGCGGCAUGGGCGGCCGAGUGGGAUUGGUUUUCCAUCAUGCUCUACUCGUCCUACACGUUUGCGGUUCCGGGUGGCGAUCCGGUGAUGCUGACCAAGAAUGGCAACCAAAACGUCUCCGACGGCGACGGCGGCUAUCGGGUUGUGAGCGCCGGGUCCGAGUUUGGCUCCAACAGCGUCCUGUCGCCCAAGGACAUCGCGCGCAUUCGGGCCCUCUACGGGUGCGGCGCCGUCGCCUCCUGCGCCGGGUACGCCCCGCCGCCGCAGUGCAGGGAUGCGGUGACGAGGGGCGAUUGCGUCGCUCUCUCUUCCCGCGCAGAGAGCCCCUGCCGCUGGGAUGGGGGCGCUCGCAACGGUAUGGGGCAGUGCGGCGAGUGCGCGGAUGCUGGCUGGGAUCUGGAUGCCUGGACCGUCAGUAACGGCGACCUCAUCGGUUGCGCGUGGCUCGCCGAAGCCGGCGGCCGGUUGGGCUUGCCAUAUAUAAACUUGGAGGGGAGCCGCCGCUUCUCAUGCGACUACCCCGGUUCGGGCACUGGAGGCGAGCGUGGCUAG